GAGAGAGAGAGAGAGAGAGAGAGAGAGAGAAAUAGAGAGACAGAAAGAGAAAAAAACAAAUGAGACAGAGGAGAUCUGCUCCUGGAAAGCCCCCUAUUUCUCUGUCUCCCCACAACACCAGAAGACAGAGACAGCUCAGAGGAGAGAAGCAUCAGAACCUGACUGAGAACCAGCACCUGGAACCAGACCAGAGCACAACUCAACACAACACAACACAUCACAACACAUCACCGCCCACCCGGCUCAACAGACAUGUCCAACUCCAUCAAGAGAAGAAACUCCAGCAAGCAAGGCUUGCAGAACCUCACAAGGGUGACGGCCCAGCGGAGUCUGGAGGAUGCUGAGGAGAUCGAGCGAGAGCGCAGGAGACGGGCCAGGGAGAAGGAGAGAGGCCAGGGAAGUCUAUCUUUGCCUGUAACCCCUUCUCAAGGAAAUAGUUUCUUAACACAGCAAACAGUGUGGGGCCAAGAGCUGAAACCCUGCUGCCAGUUUGUUCAGGAGGAAGACGAAGGCUUCAGCGACUGGACCCACAAGUUGGAGAGCCGUAAACUGCCCUCCAAGGAGAAGCAGCAGGUCCAGAAUGACUACAAAACCAGAGAGAAAGGAUGUUCUGAACCAAGACGGAAAUCUGAUCCUGAAGUGGAGGAGAGAGAGGAGAAGGAGGAGGAGGAGGAGGGGCAAUGUGGUGCCAGAGGAAAUAAUAAGUCCCAAGAAGCUUUAAGACGACACCCAGAGGACAAGAUAUGUAACAUGAAAAAGGAAGUCAAGAUCUCCUACAGCUGCACAGUCUUCAUGCCACAGGAUGGAGGUCCCUGGUACACAAACAGCCAGGCAGCAGAGAGGACCUCCUGUUUGUUGGCAGGAAGAGUACAGCAACGUCUCAAUGUCAGCCCAGCUGAUCACAGGGAGGAGGUGGGUGAGGAAGAGGUGGAGGUCCUCCUGGGGCAUGAGAAGAAGCUGGAGGAGACCCACAGGGAAAGACAGCAACAACUGGAGGAGCUUAAGCUCAAGACGGAACAGGAGCAGCAGAGCAUGAUGGGAAACCUCCACCUUAGAAUGGAGGACAGACACGGGGUUAUGGCAUUGGAGGAGGAAUACAGUCACUUCCCCGAGGAGAUGGAGGGACAAAAGACAACAGAGUACAGGGAGAGGUGGAGGGAGGAGAAAGACCAAGAGAGGAAGACCACCCCCAGCAUCUCUAGCAAUGAAGGGGAGGGGCCAUUUAACCCCUAUGGUCCAAUGAGCCCUACAUUUAAGAAACUUCUCAUACAGUUUUAUCCAAAUGAAAUGCAGGCCAGAGUCACAGCUGACAGUACGUGCACGAUCACUGAGAGAACAGAGUCUCUGAGCCGCUCACUGAUGAAAAGUAAUAACAGCAUGAGGAAGACCCCGCCGCCUAUUGCCGUCUCCAAGAUUGACAACAGGUUGGAGCAGUACACACAUGCCAUCAAGAUCUCAUCCGUGGAGCCCAAAGCAGCAAAGCAGGUGUUAACAGACCUCCCAAGUCCCGGCGAGCCUGUGGCCUCGAAGAGAAACCUGUUUGAAGCUGGCGAUGCCUGGAACCAGAGCUCCACUAAUGCCACACCAUCCAAGGAUGUAGAUGGUCUUAAAGUGGGGGUGGCUGACCUUAUCAACCAGUGGGUGAAAGGGAGCUCAGAUGGGACCAGGAACAUCUCCCCCUCCAAACCAGCAGAAAUCAAACCAGGUGACGUUCUAAGCAAGAAAAAUUUAUGGGAGAACCUGGUUGACACAUCAUCUCCUGGAAGAGAAGGAAGGGGGAGCUCUUGCGGUCAAAGACACAAAUUUGUGGUGACGGGUCAUGGAAAGUAUGAGAAGGUCUAUGUUGAUGAUGAUGACUACAGUGAGUACACCAACUAUCCACCAGCUGGGCAAUUCCAUGAAGAUUUGUGAAAGGCACAUUGGAUAUUUGAAGAUUUUGGAUGGAUAAACCAUGUCUUGGAUACUGCACACAUUUCAUAGGACCAAAGAUAACAUUUCAACUUUCUUCAUAUUUCACAUAUUAGUUAACAUUAAUGUUAAUAUAGCUGUAGCAGAUGAAUACUUUGUCAAUGUCCUCUACACCAUCACUGAGCAAAAAUUAAGGCAAAAUGUAUCAUUUAUCUUGGAAAAUUUCAUUUAUACUGUCUUUUUGUUGAUAUUUUAUGUCAUUACACCAAAUUACCACUAAAAUGAAAAUAAAGUUAAUGA